AGUGAUUCGUGGAAGUUUCCUGGACGAAGAAAAGAAGAGCGGAAAAUCAAGCCAUUGUAAGAUGGCUUUUCGGAGGAGAAAUAAGAGUUACCCUUUCUUCAGCCAAGAGUUUCUCAUUCAGAAUCACGCCGACAUCGUUUUUAGUCUGGUUAUCUUAAUUUUGAUUGGACUGAUGUUUGAGACAACGGCGAAAACGGCUAUUUUAUUCAUUCAGCCGCAGUAUAACAUCAGCACCAUGACCGCAGAUGGAGAAGUAUCUCUAUAUCAUUAUGGAUGGAAGGAUUGUGCUACUGUUCUUUUCUAUCUCUUCAUCACCAUAAUUCUUCACGCUGUGGUGCAGGAGUAUGUUCUAGAUAAAGUAAACCGUCGUCUCCACCUGUCGAAGAGUAAAAACACAAAGUUUAAUGAAUCUGGGCAGCUAUGUGUGUUUUACCUGGUGUCCAGUUUAUGGAGUCUCUACGUCAUCGCCACAGAGGGAUAUCUUCUGCAUCCCAGCAGCCUUUGGGAGAAUUACCCUCAUGUACAUCUGAGGUUUCAGGUGAAGUUUUUCUAUCUCACUCAGCUGGCAUACUGGUUUCACGCGCUGCCAGAACUUUACUUCCAGAAAGUGAGAAAGGAGGAGAUCCCUCGGCAGCUGCAGUACAUCAGUCUCUAUCUGUUACACAUUCUGGCUGCGUAUCUGUUAAAUUUGACUCGAGUCGGGCUGGUUUUGUUGUUUCUUCAGUAUCUCUCUCAAAUGGGAUUCCAUCUGUCCCGACUCUUUUACUUUAUUGAUGAAAACCACCAUAAAAUGUUUGAGAUGUGGUCCAUUGGGUUUGUUCUGACCCGCAUGAUCACUCUAACUCUGAUGUUCUUGGCUGUUGGCUUCGGUUUGGCUCGUUCUGAAAAGCAGACGCUUGACUUGGAGACGGGAAACUUUAACACCCUUUCUGUCAGGCUGCUGGUGUUGUUUGUGGUGUGUUUCACUCAGUCGUGGCUGCUCUGGAAGUUCUUCCGUUUCCAGCUGAGCCGAACACGCGAGCUUCGACUGGAGCAGGCGGCCCGCAAGAGAGCAGCUGCUAAACAAUACAUGCAGCGCACGCUCAAACGUGAUACAGUUGGUCACCAUGAGAAUGGACUGAUUAAAGCAGAGAACGGGACAUCUCCUCGCCUGAAAAAGAUCAAAACUCCUUAAACUUCAUCCCCAUUCCAACGCUUAGCCUCUCCAAACCAACUGCACAGGAAUGGGAAAAAGUUCAGCCUGCUGCUUCCUGUUUCCAUGUCAGGAGAAGUGAAUGUGCUGUUUCUCAGAGGAAGUGACAUCACAGUACAGCGGCAUGCUCAACAGACUCUUGUCAACUAUAUCAGUUUCAGUAUUCAUGUUAUUUCUUUUGCAUAUGCUUCUAAACUUCACUCAGUCCUUCUUUAUUAAAGCGCUGUUUUAAGGUUAGUUUUUUUUUCUGCACGUCACGAGGUAUAAAACUGGUGCCAACCGAGGAAGACACUUAUUGAGAUUAUAAAACGUAUAGGUGGGUUUAACCGAUUCCAAACAUAUUCUGGAUUUAUAAUGAAAAAAAUAUUGACGUGAUUUUCACGGUGCAACAGUACUGGCAGAGGACAGUCCUUGUUUUGGUCCGAUUUUCAGGUAGGAAAAAGUAUUGUAUUAGUGAAAUGAUCUUGGAUGAGAUCGGAUUGAGACUAACACUCACUAUUUCCAUUGAACUAUUAAAUACUGUUGGAGUUUCUCCCAUGAUGCUUUGUAAGUUUAUACAGUUUGAUAUGUGAUUGUAUAUGACGGUGCUUUAUACAUUUUUUUUUUUUUUUACAGAUAUCUUGUUUAUUACUUGCAAGCACUUUGCAACCUUUUUCAAUGUUUACUAUUGUCUUCAUGCAUUACAUAAUUCUGUUGUCAUUUCCACCGUUUAUACUGAAGCGCCACCUCUCGUCUCGAGGAUUCUGGGAAUCCUGUUGUAGAUUUGAUAACAUUUCACAUCUAAAUAGAUUGUGUGUAUAUUUUGACGACUGAUAAAUCUGCAGAUAUUUGACCAUUUUCAGAUUAUCAUUUGGCCAUGUUGAGACUAGUUGACUCCUAUUUAGACAAUCCAUCUACUAGUCGAUUUUGAAAGUAUGUUGUUUUUCCUGUACACCUCAAGAGUGUCAUCUCACCAGGCUUGCGGUGUAACGCAGGGCGUUGUGGUCGUUCUCCAGUAGUUUAAUCAUGUUUUUCUUGGGCGGUUUAUGAAUUUGAUACAUUUAGCGAGUCCUCCAGUGAACCAAAGCAUUAUAUGGUGUAUUGACCUGAGCCUGCGGGUGGAAGUUUGUCGUGUUUAAAUUUCAUGACACGUCAUCACCGCUAUAAAGAUUGUGUGUGCAUUCAAAGAUGGAGGGAAGGGAAAUUAAACAGAUUACUUGUAUCAAAAACCAGCAGUAUAGAAAAUAUCUAUUGAUUACAUGGAAAUAUAAUAAUAUACAGAAUUAUUUUCCAACAUAUUUAACUCAAUCAGCAGAUAUUUUGCUAUUUUUUUAGAUUAUUAUUUUAUUCCAUUUUCGCCCAAUUCCCACUACUUGGUAGGUCCUCGUGGUGCUGCAGUUACUCACCUCAAUCCGGGUGGUGGAGGACAAGUCUCAGUUGCCUCCACUUCUGAAACAGUCAAUCCGUGCAUUUUAUUACGUGACUCGUUGUGCAUGACACCGCGGAGACUCACAGCAUGUGGAGACUCAUGCUACUCUCCACGAUCCACGCUCAACUUAUCACGCACCCCAUUGCGAGUGAGAACCACUAAUCACAACCACGAUGAGGUUACCCCAGGUGACUCUACCCUCCCUAGCAACCAGACCAAUUUAAUUGCUUAGGAGACCUGGCUGGAGUCACUCAGCACACCCUGGAUUCAAACUCACGACUCCAGGGUUGGUAGUCAGCGUCAAUACACAACAGCUACCGACAGCCUUGGAUACAACAUGUUUUUUGUGCAUUUUAUUACGUGAAUUUUAAACAUUGUGUAUAAUAAAUGUUCACUGAAUUGAACAUAUUUUGUAAAUAAUUUACUUAUAUUAAAUAAUAUGAUUAUUAUUAUAAAUGUGUGGCUGUUUUAAAA